AUGCUUGAAAGUGGAAUUCGGAUUCACUCCUUACAGCGAGAGGCUGAACGGGCGGAUCGCGUUUCUCGGGCUGGCGGUGCUGCUGCUGCUGGAGCUGGCGACGGGGAAGAGCGUGCUCAGCUACCACACCCCGUCGAUCGUCCUCGUCCCGAUCUAAUUCUUCACGAGAAACAAAAGAAGAUGUCUCUAGUCACAGAAGAGAUCAGGGCUAAAGCCACGGAGGUCUACAAUGGCGACGAGAUCUGUCAGGCCAAAUCCAAGGAGCUCCUCAAGGAGAUCCAACUCCCCAAUGGGCUGCUGCCACUUCACGACAUCGUGGAAUGUGGGAUCAACAGCGAGACAGGGUUCGUCUGGCUGAAGCAGAAGAAGAGCAUCACUCACAAGUUCGACAAAAUUGGGUAG